UCUUAAUUCUUAUAUGUUGUUUCUGAAAAUGGCAAGUUUAUUCCUCUACUAUUUGGUAGCUUUCUUUUGCUACUUACAGCUUUCUUCUUGCUUCUACCCAAAACAUUUGAACUUGUCAUCCACUGGAACCCAGUGGUCGCCUGCCGGAGCCACCUGGUACGGCAGCCCAGAUGGUGCCGGAAGCGACGGAGGUUCUUGUGGGUAUGGUAAUGCUGUGUCUCAGAGUCCUUUCUCUUCUCUUGUCACUGCAAUUGGCCCAAAUCUUUAUGAUUCUGGCAAGGAAUGUGGUGCCUGUUAUGAGGUCAAAUGUACCAGUCACCCAUCAUGUUCUGGGAAACCAGUGAGGGUGGUGAUAACAGAUUUUUGCCCCGGAGGUGCUUGUGCCACCGAUUCCGCACAUUUUGACCUCAGCGGCACGGCUUUCGGCUCCAUGGCAAUUCCCGGAAAGGAGGAAAAACUUCGUGAUGCCGGAGUAUUGCAAAUCCAAUAUGCACGGGUUGCAUGUGAUUAUUCAGGGAAACAGAUAGUGUUCCAUGUGGACCAGGGGUCAAAUCCAAACUACUUUGCGGUGGUGGUUGAGUUUGAAGAGGGAGAUGGAGAUCUUGGAGCAGUUGAUCUAAAGGAGGGUUCGGGGUCAGGUGAAUGGAGGAGCAUGACACAAUCGUGGGGAGCGGUUUGGAAGCUGGAUGCAGGUUCAGAAUUACAUGCUCCGUUGUCUAUUAAAUUGACAUCGGAGUAUUCAGGGAAGACGCUGGUGGCGAAAAAUGUGAUACCUCAAGGAUGGAAGGCGGGAGCUAGUUACAGAUCAGUGGUUAAUUAUCUGGAAUGAAAUGAGUUUGAGUUUGAGAUCAAAUAAUUAUAAAUAGGUUUAGUAUGUUAAGUUAGAAUUGAUCACCCACAAUUAUGGAGAAGAUGAAGAUCUUGUAAUGUUGAGGUGCAGGCUGCAGCUAGUUUUAAUUAAUAUUUAGCAUGUGUGAAU